UUGGCUGCCUAUCACAACCCUCGUUAUGAUCAUUCCUAUCAUUCGAAUGUAGCCGCAUAUCCGGUAAAAGCUUACCAGACCUAUUACCCAUCGUCACCAUCACAUCACUACACCAACCAACCGACUCAUCACUACUGCAACAUUCCGCCGGAUCUCUGGUGUGACAGUCCCCAAGCGGCACAGCAGUGCGGGGUUCAGCGGCAAUGUGACGCUCUACGAAUGCACAGGCGAAAACCCUCAAGAUCACACUCAUCUACGAAGCACUGUGUCCCUACUGCCAGAAGUUCAUCUCUAAUCAACUGGGAAGCAUGUAUCAGCAGUACAAGGACCACCUGGAGCUGGAACUGGUGCCGUGGGGUAACUCACGUAUUCUUCGAGACGGUUCGUUCUCGUGUAAUCACGGGAGGAAAGAAUGUGAUGCGAAUCGUCUGCAAUCAUGUUCAUCUGGAGCCCUACCUUUCAUCGUGUGCUUCGAGCGGAUCAUCCAUCACAACACUGUCGAUCAAGCUAUGCACGCCUGUUCAGCGUUUAUUCGAAGUAAAUGUUUAUGAUGGUGAACGGGGUGUCCAACUGCAACGUGCUGCUGCACAUAAGACAAUGAGCACCAAGCCGCAUCCAAUCUUAGAG